AUGGAGCCCAAGGAGUAUCCUCCUAGUUUCAUCAGCCGGAGUACAUCCUUCAUACCCUCCGAUCAACAGUCCGACAGCAGAAUCAUUCUAGACGAUGAGAAAUUGCCUCCAGUCGAUGGAGGAGUUCAAGCAUGGCUGUUCCUUAUGGCUUCUGCAAUGCUCGAGUCUCUAGUUUGGGGUUAUGCAUUCGCCUUUGGUAUAUUUCAAGACUACUAUAGUACACACGAGCCAUUCCAAGGAUCUGGGAACAUCGCAAUUAUCGGGACUUGUGCCAUGGGUAUCGCAUACUUGAUUGCUCCGUUGGUAAUCAUAUUGAUGAUUUUGGUGCCUAAGAUUGCUCGCUGGGUUUCUACUAUAGGAGUUACUAUCAUGUGUUUGUCUCUGGCACUGAGUUCAUUUUCUACCAACGUCACGCAUCUUAUUUUGUCACAAGGACUUGGCUUCGGAAUUGGUGGCUGUUUUGCCUAUACUCCCACCAUAUUAUUCAUGUCGGAGUGGUUUGAUAAACGAAAAGGGCUCGCUUUUGGUAUUGUCUGGGGCGGGUCGGGCGUGUCUGGGAUCGUCUUCCCACUUGCUAUCCAGUGGCUUUUGAACCAGCAUGGGGUUGAAGCCACGCUUCAAAUAUCAUCAGCGGCAUUAUUCAUUCUUGCUGUGCCUUUUCUCUACUUUCAUCGACCGAGGCUGCAUACCACAGAAAUUGCGUAUCACCGUCUGAAUUUUCGCUUCCUGUACAACAAAGUCUUCAUCAUUUAUCAGCUUGGUAAUACUUUGGAAGCAAUCGGAUAUUUCCUGCCCACCAUCUACCUUCCGACAUACGCACGCAGUCUAGGUGCGAGUGAUUACAUGGCAUCUCUCACAGUCGUCCUCGUCAACUUGUUCACGGUGUUUGGCUGCGUCAUCAUGGGAUUCCUUUCAGACCGAUAUCACAUCACUACCUGCAUCUUGCUCUCAACUGUCGGUACCGUUAUCGCCGUCUUCUUUAUUUGGGGGUUCGCUGCCACUAUCCCCCCUUUAUACGUCUUUUGUAUUGCCUAUGGUCUCCUCGCCGGAGGCUUUUCCUCCACAUGGGCGGGGGUCUCCCACGAGGUGCAGAAGGCCAAUCCAUCAGCAGACGUAACUGUCAUCUUCCCAUUCAUGGAGACAGGGCGUGGAAUUGGCAAUGUGGCAAGUGGCCCCCUAAGUGAGGCUCUGCUCAAGGCAGACAACUGGCGAGGACAUGCGUUGGGUGCAUAUGGAACUGGCUACGGGGCACUCGUCGUUUGCACCGGGGCAACUGCAUUGAUAGGAGGCUUUUCUGUGGUGGCCCGGCAGUUAAAGUGGAUAUAA